UAAUGUGGUUCAAGUUUGUUUGAAGUAGUUUCAUGCUACUCUACACGUCUUGUCAAUACAAGUAAAACAUAACCUAAAAUAAAUGUCAAAUAAAAUUUAAAAAAUGUCAUAUGAAGGGAUUGGCUCAAUAUCGGAAAAAAUAUUUGUGGUAAUUGAUAUUGGUUCAGCAUAUACCAAAUUUGGUUUUGCUGGGGAAUUUUCACCAAGAUGUAUUAUACCGAGCGAAAUAAAAAUGCCUUCAACAGGUAUUGUCAGAAAAAUAGCUGAUUAUCAAGAUAAAGAUGAUUUAUUCGAUAUUCUUGUCGAAUUUGUUUUUAUGUUAUAUACGAAAUAUGCUUUAAUUAAUGCAAAAGGUCGUGCCGUUAUUAUCGUCGAAUCAUUACUAUGCCCAACAAUAUUUCGUGAUACAUUAGCUAAAGUAUUAUUUUGUCAUUUUGAGGUUGGAAGUAUAAUAUGGCUUCCAUCUCAUUUAGUCUGUUUAAGUACAUUAAAUGUCGAGACAGCAAUAGUUCUGGAUGUUGGAUAUAAAGAAGCUGUAUUAUUUCCAAUUUAUCAAGGAGUCCCAUUAUUAAAUGCAUGGCAAGCGCUACCAUUAGGUUCUUUAGCAGUUCAUAGCCAAAUUAAAGCGAUAUUAAAGGGAGAAAACUAUGAUUACGACAUUGCCGAAAAAUAUAUCGAAGAUAUUAAAGUACGAACAUGUUUUGUCACAAAUUUAGAAAGGUCAAAACAAUAUGCAUUAAAUAAAUCACCAACGCCAUGUCCUGGAUUAGAUUAUCCAAUAAUGGGCCAUCAAAGCGUAAAAGUGUCUGGAAAACUGCGGGAAACAGCUUUUGAAGUACUCUUUGAAUUAGAUAAUGAUUAUCAAUCAGUGACUACGAUGAUAUUAGAUGCAAUUUUACAAUGUCCAAAAGAUAUGCGUAAAGAACUUGCUGAAAAUAUUUUAUUAAUUGGAGGUACAGUAAUGACAACUGGUUUCAAAGCAAGAUUACGUGAAGAAUUGUUGCAACAGUUAGAAUCAGAUCGAUAUAAAGAUAAAUUAUUUUUGAAAACAUUUAAAUUUCAUUCAGCGCCAGCUAAAGAGAAUUAUACAGCUUGGUUGGGAGGCGCAAUUUAUGGCUGUACGGAUAUUGUAUCAAUGCGUUGUCUAACAAAGGAAGCAUACUUAAAGGAUCGUCGUGUACCAGAUUGGUCAAAUUUACAAGAUAACAAAUUACAAAAUGUUCUAUAAUAUUU